AUGGGUUGCGGAAUUAGCGAACAAUAUUUAAAUAAAAUUAAUAAUAAUAAUAAUAAUAAUAAUUACGGUAAAAUAAUUUUCGAUGAUCGUCAAUUGAUUAAACUUAAUAAAAAGUUUGAAAGUUUUUUAGAAUCUCAAACGACGACAUUACUCGGUGGCGAUUUCGGUAAAAAAUAUCACGAUUCGAUUGUCGAAAGAUUACUUUUGAGAUUGAUUUGUCACGUCGGAAGAUUGGAUUUGGUUUCUUCUCCGGCAUUGUAUCCGGAAUUUUUCCAACCCCCCGUGCGAAUAAUCGAAGGUGAAAAUGGCGGUGAAAAUUUACCCCAAGGUUUUGCUAAAAUAAAAGUCGGAGGACAAUUUCUAGAAGAAUGGAUUGAUUUUAUCGAUUCGAAUGGUUUUUUAAGAAGAGAUAAAAUAAAUAAUAAAUUCAUACAACUUCUUGCAAGGGCAGCGGCUAAACCGGAAGACUCAUUUACACCCAUUCAAGUCGAUGAAUCCAUUCAUUGCGGUUCUCCAGGAAAAAUCGUGGAUCCUAUUACUCUUUGUCAAAUAUUACAAACUUCUCCGUCCCAACAAUUUUUUUACGGUUCUGAUCCGAGAGAUUUUCAAAUAGCAAUUGUUGAGGGUACACCGGAAAAUCGUCUUCACAUUUCAUUUCUUUCACCAAAAGCUCAAUCAUUAACAUCAGGAAUACAAGUUUUAGGAUGGCCGACAGGAAGUGAUUAUCCAUCCAGGCUCCCGUUGGAUCACGUGGAUGUUAUUUUAGGAUAUCGAGCAUCUCAAUUGGGUUAUUAUUUAUUACCGAAGGGUCCACAUUCGUCAAUUUAUUGCGAUGAUCGAAAUUCAGUUUGGGAAAUUCGUACGAUUGCCACAGAGAUGUUUCUAGAACAUCAUUAUUCACCCAACAGCGUCAUUAUUCAAAUUUUAAACAUAUUAAACCAAAUAUUGAUUAUUUUAAAAGGGAGAGGAGUGAAAACAUUAAACAAGCAAGUAAAAACACAGUACAUAAUGAAAAAUUUAUUUUUUUACGAACUCGAACGUUAUAAAGAUAUAAAAGAUUGGUCACCUAAAAUGAUAUCGAAAAGGAUUUUAUCGAUUCUCGAUCGACUUUUAUUUCAUUUGAGACGACAACACAUUCCGAGUUAUUUUUUUAAAAAUAAAAAUUUAUUACUCAUCGAAAAUAUUUGGGAAGAUGAUCACGUGAGCGAUGGAGAUAUAUUAAAUAAUUACAUAAAAUUACUUUACGACGAGAAAUUACAACAAUACGAUACGAACGACGACGAUAAAUAUUUUAAAUAUCAAAUAGAAAACGUUAUGGAAUGUUUAUACGAAGCAAUGGAUUCUGAUCCUAAAAUUCUCGGUCCCGUUCUUCGGCCAUAUUUAAAUCAAUUAUUUAAAGGUUCACACGAUAAUUGUUGGUUUUUAAACGAAUGGUUAAAUAAAAUGGAAUUAUCCGAGAUUCAAGCAAUCAAAGCAUUUAGUUCUUUGGUAACUUCCGGUUUUAUCGAUCCUCUAGAAGGAAUAAUAAAUUCUGCAAAUAAAAAAUGGAUUUGGGCACAAAAUUCUUUAAAAAUAAUACAAACGUUUAAUGAUGAAACAUCAAGAAAAAUGAUAAUUGGAGAAAAUAUUGACGUUAGCAAAUCCGGACUCAGACUCAUAUUCACUCCGAAACCUGGAAAAACGAUUCGUUAUAAUAUAUCGAAAAUGAACGGUGGGGAAAAACCGGAAAUAGUUGAAAAAAAAAUAACAGAAACCGUUAAAUCGUAUCAGGAUGUUUUAAAAUCCACGUUACAACCUUUUAAAAUAAAUAAUUAUUAUUAUUAUUUAUGGGAAAAAAAUGGUUUGAAAUUAUCAAACGAAAAACAUCAAUUACAUAUAUUAUUAAGAGAUUGUAAUCCUUUUACAAUUGGAUCGAUUGAUAGCAGACGACAGGGUAAUCACAGGGGUUUAGGUAGCAUCGUACAAGCUCUGAUAUCCCUUAAAAAAUUAUCAGUUUUGCAAGAAAUUUCCCAGUACCUUCCAGAAAAAGAAAAAAAUCGAGUUUUAAACGAUAUAAGAAAACUAUCGAAAGAAAUGCAAAGAUUAUCACUGGAUAAAUUUAAAAAUAAUAAUAAUAAUAAUAAAAAGGAAUUUAACUUUAAGGGAAAUUGGACGACGCGGGGAUAUUUAAAUAUAAGUAAAAAUUCUUUUUUAAUACCAAAUUUAAAUGAAAAUUCAACGAACGAGACAAAUGAAAGUGCCCUAAAUCCUAUAAACGGCCUUCACGAUUUAAAUGAAACCGGAUAUGUUCCUAUAAAUGAUUUUACCGAUGCGGGUUUUACAGAUGUACAAACGUUUAUCUUAGCUGGAAUAGCAACGGUUAUACCAUUAUUAUUUAUCGUGGCAGCCAUACUUGGAAUUCGUUUUAUUUGGAAAAAAUAUAGAACGAAUAAAGAAGAAUGUUACGAAGGAGUUUUAAAAAAAGAAGAAAGUAUGAAUCCAUGUGGAAAAUUACAAGGAUAUACUUUGCCUCAAGAAUUAAGAUCGAGCGAAUCGCAUUUUUCCGUUACACCAAGUGAUGAAACAACAACAGUUUCAGGUUUACAACUUCCUAAUCCUAAAAAUAAUGGAAGCAUAAUAACAAUGACUUUAAAAAAUAAUCAUUUGAUUGUUGAAACCGAAGAAACAACCAAUACUCCAGUCGUACCUAAAAUUGAAUCAAAGGGAACAACAACAAAAUUUGUAACACCAGCAACGUCAGAUUUUAAAAUAGAAGAAAUAUCAGAAAAAAAUAAUUAUGAUGUACAUAUAAAAACUAGCGAAGAAUCAACGGAAAAUAAAUUGUUUUCACGUGAUCAUGGUGCUUUAGUUCAUUGUCCUCCUGAGGGUGUUGAUGAAGACAUUGACAAGAGGAGUAGCAACACAGGAUUAUCACAGUCAGAUUUGAGCGUAUCCUCAGCAGAGAGUCAUAAUCCUAGUUACCGUUAUGGAAAUCAAAUGGGAUACGAUUCAGGAGGAUUUGGAUAUCCAGAAUAUUCCGGAUAUGCAAUGAACGCUCAAAACCAGUCACAAAUACAUAUAACGCAUCAAAUUAAAAACUCAACCAAAGAUGAUAAGUCAGAAGAAAACCAAAUAAAUAUAUCUAGCCCAGAAAAAAUGAGUGAGAAAAAAAAUAAUUGGCUCAACGAUGAAAUAAAUGUAGAAAAUAAAGGACACAACAUUAAUUGGUAA